AUGUCCGACUUAGUAGAGUACUCAGUUGUCAACGUGUGUCGAAGCGACGGCCAGGACAAUGGAGCGGGUUACUGGCCAACCCCUGCCGAUACGGCUGCGAAGAACGCGAAGAAGACAGCACUGGAGAAGGUACCAAGAGCGAAACCUCAAAUGGUGCGGUUAGACAAAGAUGACGCAAGAUUUCAAGAGUGGCGCAUAAAGCUGGGAAUCUUGUUGAAGCAAGAACUCUCUCCGACAGAGGGUCUCCCCUGGCUCCUGCAUUUUCCACGGGGCUACUGGCUGUACGAAAAGUCCAAGCAUCUUUGGGUCUCGGGGCAUCCAGUAAAGUCGAAGCUUUACAAGAGCCCGCAGGAAUUUGGUCUUCAUGUCCUAUGGCUCCUGUCCGGCUCGAUGGACCGAACUGACUGCCGUUGCAUUCACUGCAACGUUCGCGAAAUGCCAAACAUGGAGGAUUUGACUGUCUCGGAUGUUCCUCGGCCUCUGCCAGCAGCGAACAACACUCAGCCACCGUCAAAGAUGCGCAAGAUUACACCUCAAAUACCGCCAGGCGUUGCGGGGUCCCCGAUACCCGUUCCCGCAGCGGCGUCAACGCCUCCCAUCGCGAAGAAGGAGACACCUGUGCCAGUGCCCACCCCAAUGGCGAAGAAGGAAACUCCAGUUCCGAUACCGACGAUACCUUCACGUGCGGUGCCAGCCCCCGCCCCGGCGCAAGCCCCAGUUCAGCCUAAGCCUCCUGUGCAGCAACAGCAGCAGCAGCACCCUCCUCAGCCGAUCCAGGCAACUCCUGUUCAUCCGCAAGCUCAGGCUCCAUCACAGGUUCCCGUUCAACCUCAAGUCCAGCAACCAGUCCAGCAACAAAUCCAGCAGCCGACCCAGCAGGAACAGCAAGUUCAGCAACAGCCUGCACCAGCUCCGACCCAGGCUCAACAGCAGGUUCAACCUCAGGUGCAUGCGCCGGCACCGCCGGUCUAUCAGCAACCGCAGUUCCUGCCUUACCCGCCGCCUUACGGUGGAAUUGUAGCUCCGGCGCUCUUCCGCGUCGGAGAACUGGUUUGGUUCCAGAUAUCGUCAGGUUGGCGUUUGGGCAUCGUGGCUGCUACAGGUAUUAUCAACCCUAAUACCAACAAAGCCGAGCUUCAGAUUCUCCCAAUGUCACAUGUCAACUUUAAUCAGUCGCCCAUCCAGACACUGGAAGCGACAACGCGCCCGUUUCUUGCAUUUUCGGUGCCUAACGUCAGCAUUUCGGAUCUACAAAACAAGGCCUACGACGAGGUCGAUUGGGAUGCCUUCUUCCAGACGAUUACUCCGGAAGACACGCAUCGCCGCGAGGUUGCGCUACUCGACUCCUCCAAGAUGGCCGCCCAGAAGGUUGGCGUGUCGUUCUCUGUUUUCAGCCGACUUUCCGAGACCAAUGGAGGGAAGAAGAUCGACUACCACGGUAUCUUCCUGGGCGCCGAGCGGAUCGAACUCGGUGAUGUCCUGCGCGUGCGUCUUUCCGCUGAGCAAGGCGUACCUCCCGCGGCGGCGAAUCUCCCCGACGCACUCCUCGGCCUCCGUGAGAUCUGCACCGCGCCUAUCGAUUCACCUGGUAACGCAUUCUUCAAGGGAGAUAUAUACCAGCCCAUCACCGGCGACAACCAACCCGUGGGUGGCAUCCCAGUACCGGAUGACAAACUCCCGCGCCCACUGCGCGACGAGAUUGCGUUCCGCAAUAAGUUUGCCGCGAGCGACCGCUGGCGCUGCGUGCUCCUCAAGCAGAACGCUGUCCUUCGCGAGCCGGAUCUCAAGGGCCGAUUCUACCCCACGCAUAAGCUCCUACCCCUGCUCGAUGGCCAAGCCAAAGUUCUUGCUGAGGUGCAGAAAGGCAUCGUGCGUGACGUGCAGCAGCGACUCAACCAGCGCAUCGACACGUUCAAGACGGCGUACAUUGGCCAGAAGCGGACCCGCGUCGAGACUUUCGGGCCUGCCCUGCCUCCUGGCAGCGUGAUCCAGUUUGAGCAAUCCGUACGUGAGGAUGGCGCCUAG